AUGUUCCGGGAGGAGCUCCGGGAGGCAGGGAGCAGCCGGUUGACUGCUGCAGCUCCAGCGGCCGGGAAGGAAAUGGGUCGGGGGUUCCAGGAGGGGGUCCGGGCGGAAUGGGGGAUCCGAUAUGAAACCCAUAAAAUCAGGAAACACAGCUGGGGCAGCUAUUACCCCUUUGUCUUCAAUGACAUCAUGGGUGUGGAGGAAGGCAGUGGGAGAGGAGUCAGAGUGGAAGACAUCAAACUGGCCAUGAUGGGACACGUGAUGGAGAAUUACAAGUUCAACCCUGCAUCUUCGCUGUCUCCUUCUGAUUCUGGCUACAACUCUACACCAUCUCUGGACGACAGAGCCCAUGUUCUGGUUUGUGUCUGUUCUGGAAACGCAGCAAAUAUUUCAGACUCACUUUUACAGAAGAUGAGGCAGAUCAGAGAAGCAGCCAGUGACCUGGGUAUUCCCCAACUGCUUAUUGUCACCAAACUUGAUGAAGCCUGUCCUGAAACUGAAAGGAACCUGCAGAACAUCUACAAGAGCAAGUUUGUAAAGAAAAAGAUGACACAGCUCAGCUCUGAACUGGGGAUUCCACUCAAUUGCAUCCUUCCUGUGAAGAACUACAGCAAAGAAACCAGCCAGGAUGCAGAUGUUGAUGCUCUGAUCCUGAAUGCACUGAGACUGAUUCUUGACUUUGGAAAUGAUUUCAUUGACAAAUUGUAAACCUGCAGAAAAUAGUGCUGUCAUACACGACAAACCUCACAUGGCAGAGUUAAAUUUAUUUAUAAUAUUUUAGCCUAAACAGACAAUGUUGGCCUAAAGAAGUUAAUGUAGGCUAAAUAAGUUAAUGUAGGCUAAAUAGUAUAAUGUAAAGCCCUAUGUUAGGCUAAACAGGAUAAUAUUAGCCGCUAUGUUAGCAUUUUUCAAGUUGUGCUAAAUGUUGGUGAUGGCAUGAUACUCAACAAGUAAUUUGUUUGUUUGUUUAUUUAUUUUCUAAAAAUGAGACAGUUCGUAUUAAUGUACAUUCCUACGUAAAUUAAGAUUGUAGAUUAAUAAGAUUGUAGCCAUACGGCUAAAUUCCAUCUCGAGUCCCAUUGGCAGAUCAAAGAUAAAGAAAUUACAAAUAACAUAAAACCAUAACUGAACAAAGACAUGCAAAAAGAAAAACAACAAGUGAUAACACGUACUGCACAUAACAGACAAAAAUUGGCAGCUACCAACCAGUAAUUAACAUUAGCCGAUGACUAUACUGCUAAUAUCUCUUUGUUGUUAUUGCACGUGUCCCUCUAUCAUUAUUGCACACUGCUCUACUAAACGUACCCCACUGUCACUAUAAGUCCACCAUGAGUUCAUUUCAUAUAUCCCUCUGACACUAUUACAUAUAAUUGUAUUGCACAUGAUAAUAUUACAUGUUUCUCUUAAUCACUAUUGCACAUAUCCCCGUCUACAUUCCAUAUAUUUACCCUCUACAAGUCCCUUCUAACACUAUUACACAUAUCCCAUUAUCACUAUCACUCAUCAUCUUUAAACACUAUUAUACAUGACUAUAUUGCAGGAAGCCCACAUCUACACAUUUACAAUUAGGAGAAUCAAUAGUGGUGGUUGUGAUCUCAGGAAGAAAACCGUGUUUUCUUACUAGUAUUCAUUUUAAACAUUUUUGUUGUUUAACCCUUUCAUGCAUGAAGUAUGAUAA